ACGUAAACCUCCUUUUUAUUGAAUAUUGAACUGGAAGUCCAAACAUCAGCCGGGCGUUGGGCGUUAAUGUUCUCCGGGUUGUCCCACCCCAGUCCAGUGCAUAUAAUUAGCGCGGCUAGGACAUUUGGAUCUGCGAAUCAAGUAACCUGUAGCUUGGGCUGAAGGGCCACAAUCUAACUGGACUCCUUGACCACAUUAAAUACUCUGUACAAUAACGAAAAUGAGGAUUCUGACCCUGUCACUGCUUCUCUUUAAUGCUUUUAAGAAGACAGAAGCGACUCCGACGACAGGUGGAAAUGCUAAGGGUAACCCCUGCGUGUUUCCGUUUGUCUACCAGGGAAAGUCCUACAGCUACUGCAUUACGUAUAAUGAUGACCAGAUGCUGCCAUGGUGUGCCACCACGAGUAAUUUUGAUGAAGACAUACAGUGGGGCUACUGCCCAAAAUCAGGCAUUAAGGCAGUGAAUGGGAGAGCAGGUCCCGAGUGUGUCUUCCCCUUCGUCUACAAAGGAAAGUGGUACUUUACCUGCACAAACGAGGACAGAGACAAGAAGUGGUGUGCAGUGACCAGUAAUUACGAUGAGGACCAGAAGUGGGCUUACUGCUCUAAUGCCAGUCUUCCAGCAGUUGGUGGAAAUGCCAACGGAGCCCCCUGUGUUUUCCCCUUUAUCUAUCAAGGACAAACAUACACAUCUUGCAUUAACGAAACCUUUGAGGGCCUGUGGUGUGCAGCAACAAGCAACUAUGAUAAAGACACUCAGUGGAGCACCUGUCCAGGUGCUGCUGUCCCAUCUUGUGCCUUUCCUUUUACUUACCAAAAUAAAGAGUACAACUUCUGUACCACCGCUAAUUGGAAUGUAGGACGACCCUGGUGUUCUCUCAACACCCAGUAUGAUAACAAAUGGACACACUGUCCGACCUCAGGGGUUCAGACAUUUUCCGGUAAUGCAGAGAGACCCGACUGUGUGUUUCCCUUUAUCUACAAGGGGGUAACCUACAACUCCUGCACCAAUGUGGACAGCCAUGAAGACUGGUGCUCCAUAACUACUAACUAUGAUCAAGAGAAGCUCUGGGGUUACUGUGAAACUAAAUCUGAAUUUAGGACAACAGGUGGGAAUGCCAAUGGUGCACCCUGUGCGUUUCCUUUCACCUACAAGGGAAAACCCUACAAACACUGCAUUACCUACGAUGAAAACCGUCAACUGCCAUGGUGCUCCACCACAAGAAAUUAUGAUGAAGAUAAACUUUGGGGCUACUGCCCAACCUCAGGUAUUAAGGCAGUGAAUGGAACGGCUGGCCCCCAGUGUGUCUUUCCAUUUGUCUACAAAGGGAAAUGGUACUUCACCUGCACCCAAGAAGACAGUGACAAGAAGUGGUGCUCUGUGACCAGUGACUACGACCGAGAUGGCAAAUGGGCGUACUGUGCAGAUGUGGCUUUACCAAUCGUAGAGGGAAAUGCUCAUGGAGCUCCCUGUGUUUUCCCUUUCAAAUAUGAUGGACAAACAUAUACUUCCUGCAUUAAUAAAGACUAUAAUGGUCUGUGGUGUGCCACAACAAGUGAUUAUGCCAAAGACAAUCGAUGGAGCACCUGUCCAGGAGCUGAUGUCCCUUUUUGUGCUUUCCCUUUUACUUAUAAAAAUGAAGACUACAAGUUUUGUACCACUAAUAACUGGGUUCAAGGUCGUCCUUGGUGUUCUUUAGAUUCUACAUAUAACAACAGAUGGAAGUAUUGCCCCACUUCAGGAGUUCAAACAUUUGGUGGAACUGCUGACAGGCCAGAAUGUGUCUUUCCCUUCAUCUACAAAAAUGUGACCUACAACUCCUGCACCAAAGUGGCCAGCAGUCAAGAGUGGUGCUCCAUCACCACCAAUUACGAUGAGGAUAAACUCUGGGGCUACUGUACUACUGAGGGCAAAAAGAAUUGAAAGCCAUUGAAAGUAACUUACAAUAGAUGAAGGAAAACCUCUGGGAUGUUCAUUAAGACUACAUCUGAUUUUUGGUUUCAAUUUUUGUGCUUUUGGUUUUGUUUUAUUCAAAUGAAUUAUAAUAAACUGAUAGGGAUUCUCUGCUCAAAAA